AUGCUCGUCUUGCGGCAACUUCUUCAGCGCAGUGCCGCGCGCCCUAACGCGCUCACCUCAUGUGCGCUGACCAGGAAUCCUCUGAUGCGGCCUACGCCAACCGCCGGCGCCAAACGCUCGCUGUUCAACAUGACACAACGCGGUAAACUCAAACAGCUCAAGAGUCUGGAGCAGGCGGCCAACGCCAACCCGGAAGACCCGUACACUCAACUGCGCUUCCUACAGGAGCUCAACCGCAACAACUAUCCGGCCCUCGUGGUGCGCCGCGUAGAGGAGAACCGCUUCGCGCUGGACGAAGCCGUGCAGAAGGAGUACAUUAAGGCUUUAGUUAAGACAGGUCGUCUCGACACCGUGGACCUGCCGAAACUUGCCCGGCCAACCGAAGGCGCCUACGCUGGGGCCGAUGCGGCGCGCCAAUUCGGGGGUCUUGCCGCGGCCGGCCCGGCCGUAGCCCGCAGUAGCCAGGGCCUGUCGGCCCACGACCCGAUGUACGUGUCCAUGGUGGAGGGCAGCUUCAAGAGCAACAUGUGGAAGACGUUAAGGACUCUCGGUGUCGCCUUCCUCGUCGUCUCGGCGCUAGGGGCAAUGUUGGAUGAGAAGGUCGGUAAGAUCGGCUCGGCCUCCAAGGUCAUGGGCCCCACAGGAAGUGACAAGCGCUUUAGCGACGUCAAGGGCGCUACGGAGGCUAAACAUGAGCUGGAGGAGAUCGUGCAGUUCCUGAGAGACCCGGCCCGCUUCACGCGUCUGGGAGGCAACUUGCCCAAGGGCGUGCUGCUGACUGGCCCGCCUGGUACGGGUAAGACGCUGCUCGCUCGUGCUAUCGCCGGCGAGGCCGGAGUGCCGUUCUUCUAUUCUUCUGGAUCGGAGUUCGAGGAGAUGUACGUGGGUGUUGGCGCCCGUCGCGUGCGUGACCUGUUCGAGUCGGCCAAGCGGAAGGCUCCGUGCAUCGUCUUCAUCGAUGAGAUUGACGCUAUCGGCGGAACGCGUAAGCUCAAGGAGCAGCAGGCCAUGAAGAUGACGCUCAACCAGCUACUUGUGGAGAUGGACGGCUUUGACCAGAACAAGGGAAUCAUCGUUAUCGGUGCGACCAACUUCCCGGAUGUGCUAGACAAUGCGCUGAUCCGCCCGGGCCGUUUUGACCGACAUGUGACGGUGGACUUGCCUGAUGUGGCUGGUCGCAAGGAGAUUCUCGAGUUCUACGCUGGUAAGAUUCCUCUCGGCGAGGAUGUGGACUUGGACGUGCUCGCCCGCGCCACGCCCGGUAUGUCUGGCGCGGAGUUAUCGAAUCUGGUGAAUGAGGCUGCGCUCCGUGCAUCGAUGAAGAGCGCUGACUUUGUGAAUAUGGACGCCUUUGAGUAUGCCAAGGACAAGAUUCUAAUGGGAGCGGAGCGCAAGUCAGCACUAAUUACACCGGAGUCAGCCAAGCUCACGGCUUAUCACGAAGGUGGCCACGCGCUGGUCGCUAUUAACACGCCGGGAGCGCAUCCCGUGUAUAAGGCUACCAUCAUGCCACGCGGCCAGGCCUUAGGUAUGGUAUCACAGCUGCCGGAAGGCGAUCAGACGUCCAUUUCACGCAAGCAACUGUUAGCUCGGCUGGAUGUGUGCAUGGGUGGUCGUGUGGCCGAGGAACUGACGUUCGGCGAGAACGAGAUCACCGGCGGUGCAUCUUCUGACAUCCAACAGGCCACCAAUGUUGCCCGUGCAAUGGUGACAAAGUACGGUAUGAGUGAGGAUGUGGGUUUGGUAUUCCACGAUCUGCGUGGCAACGACACGAGUGCCACCACCCGCAAGACCAUCGAUGACGAAGUGAAGAAGCUGUGCGACGCCUCCUACAAACGUGCGAAGGACAUUCUUGUGAGUAAGAACGCCGACCUGGAGAAACUAGCCAAGGCGCUGCUAGAGUACGAGACGCUGUCAGGUGCUGAAAUUGACAAGAUCCUCAAGGGCCAGCCCCUCGACCGCAAGCCUAUGAAAUAA